AUGGAUAACGGCGGGGUCUUAGGGGCACUGGCGCCGGCGAUGGGCGAGGCGAGCACCACCAACCGGGCUCUCAAGCGCGAGCACUCCCCCGACAUCGAUCUCGGCUCCCUGGCCAAGCGCGCGCGGACCGCUGAAAGCGAGCCUGACGUCGGACCACCGAGUGCGCCGCCGCGUGCGCCCACACCCACGCUGCCCGCGCUGCACGAGCUCGAGAACGAGCGGCCCAUCGCACCCCGUGAUCUGCGCCGACGGCAGACAGCGCCCCUGCUCGACCUCAGCGUCCGCCUCGAGCAGCUCCCGUUCCACCAUCCCCCGCAAAUACCGACCCCCCGCGCCUCUCCCAGCCGCCCUCGUACCUUGACUCGCGCGCGCUCGAGGCAGAGUCUAUCUUUCACCGGCUCCUUCCCGAGUUCUACGCCGACGACGCCGCUCACACAUCUCACCUUCUUCGACCUGCCCCCGGCGCCGUCGGGCCGGAGCCUGACGCCGUCCGCCUUUUCGUACUCGUCUGACUUGGGACUGCAUACGCCGCGCUCGCUCACGCCGUUCUCGACGUCAUCUAUACCGUCUACGUCUUCGCAGCCGACGUUCCCUGAUACGUCGGCGAGGUAUCAUCUGCGGCCGUUGCCGCAGGCCAGCGCGAUCCCGUUCGCGCCUACUCCGGCUGACGAUCCUCUUGCGCAUCCUCUGGCAUGGACACAGACGGGCAUGCUGGCCUUUGGACGCGGCGCACGCGUACAUCUCAAACCACCAGCCGGCGAAACUAUAACGCUCGCGAAGCUAUCCGGUCUUCGUCUACUCUGCGCGGGCGAUGACAGGUCGCCGGAUACGCUCGCGCUCGCUUCGGCGUCGGGCACGAUCCAGAUCUGGGACGUGAAGGAGCGGAAGAUGGUCAGGGCGUGGAAGACACGACCCGUUACUGCGCUCGGGUGGGCGAACGGCGUGUUGGCCGUUGGCGGCGAGAAGGGCACAAUCAGACACUUUGAUGCGCGCGCUCCGGUUGUCGCUUCGGGCGCAUCUUCGUUGUCGAGCUCGUUGGGCUUGUCGACGGCUUCGGCGGUGGAGGGGAACGCGAUUAAGAAGGUUACGAGGCAUCAGGCGCGGAUUGGAGUGUUGAGCUGGAAUCAUGAUGGGAGGGUGUUGGCGAGUGGCGAUGCGGGCGGUGUUAUUCAUGCUUGGGAUAGUAGGAUGGCGGGGAAGGGUCCGUUGGAUGUUGGAGAGCAGAUCAUGCGGAAUAGGAGGAAGAUGGCGUGUGGUGGGCCUGUCAAGGCUUUGUCGUGGUGCCCUUGGUCCCUCAAGACUCUCGCAUCUGGCGAUGGGUCGGGAGUGGUACGGCUCUGGACGAUCAAUGAAGCGGCGCCCAAAUCACCUGCGAACAACAGCCUUUCGCUUGGCGCGCAGGUCACCUCUCUCGUAUGGUCAUCACAAUGCAAAGAGCUCUUGAGCACCCACGGCGCCGCCGUCGCAACGCCUUCCGCAGAUUCACCUUCGCCACCCUCCACACCGGAUCUCUCCUCGCUUAACUUCAACUCCAACUCAGACUGGGCGCCCAACUCGCCGACAUUCUCCGUCUCAUCCUUCAGCUCGACCUACCCCGCUUCGACGUCAUCGUCUGUAUACAACUCGACUCUCGGUCUGAACGGCGGCGCGAACGGGAACAACUCGAAUGUGGAGAAGGAGAGCUUGGAGGAUAGUGUUGCGGUGCACUCAUUUCCUGCGCUCGGCUUUGUGGCGAGCGCGCGGGUUGGGGCGAGUGUGAGGGGGAGCGCGUUGGCUCCGGGCGGUACGCGCGUUGCUAUCAGUGUUCCGGAUGAGAAGGUCAUCAAGUUCUUCGAUGUUUGGAGCAAGGCGCGCGUACGGGGAAGGGCGAGUAUGACGGAGGGCCCGUGUGGCAUCCGAUAG